AUGGUCUUCGAGCAUGGCAAGACCCCAGGAUCUGGAGACGGUGGCUGCGUCAACUUAAAGCGUGGUGGCCUUGUGCAGACUGGUGGCAGCAUUCUCUUCUCUGACUGCCAUGCGGGCUCCUGGGGCAGUGCUGGAGCUCUCUUUGUCAACGGCAACCUCCGGCAAACAGAUGGCCAGCUCCUGUUUUAUGAUUGUACUUCGCCUUUGUCCGGUGGGGCGCUUUCCGUGCUGGGAGAUGCCACUCAAGAGGGUGGGCUCAUGGAGUUCCAGAAGUGCUACUCUGAAGAGACUGGCGGUGGCAUGCACGUUCUCGGCGACCUGACGCAGCUGGGAGGCAUGAUAGA